UUUCAGGUGCUUCCCUCUCCUGCUGCAUACAAAGACACAAAAUGGAGGUGAAACUACCUGGCUGAGGAAAAGUACAGUAGCGCUAAAUAUUAUGCACAUGUUGAAGUUUACUUUUGUGUAUUUGGAGAUUUAAUAAUACAUACGUCGACCGAGACAUCGAAGAAAAAAGGACUAAACAUGUUUUGGAUUUUAAUCAUCGCCGCUUUAAUGGCACCAGAGUCCACCACAGCUGUAUCAGUGACUUGCCCAACCAAGAGGUACAUCGUCAUCCUCUUCCAGCCCGUCACCCUCACCUGUAACUACCAGACGACAGCCACUCAACCUCCUGUUGUCACGUGGAGGUACAAGUCUUAUUGCCGGGACCCGAUCCAGGCUGCGCUGAAUCCCAGUAGUGCAGAUAACAUCCUGUCUCAGAACAACCCCAACUACGAUGCCAACAUCGAGUGUGCCGACAGCCAGAGGACAGUGCGCAUCGUGGCCUCCAAGCAGGGCAAUGCUGUCACCCUCGGCACGGAGUACCAGGGUCGCAAGAUCAGCAUCCUAAACAACGCAGACCUGAAUCUUGCACAGACUGCAUGGGGUGACAGCGGUGUCUACGUCUGUUCUGUGAUCUCUUCCCAAGAUCUUUCAGGAAAUGGUGAAGAUUACACAGAACUAAUAGUACUGGACUGGCUCCUCGUUGUUUUGGUGGUCUUGGGUUUCCUGCUACUGCUGCUCCUCAUUGGGAUCUGCUGGUGCCAAUGCUGUCCACAUACCUGUUGCUGCUACAUCAGCUGCCCCUGCUGCCCCGAACGCUGCUGUUGCCCACGAGCAUUGUAUGAGGCAGGGAAAGCGGUGAAGAAAGGUGUACCCAGUCACUAUGCUCCUACCCUCUAUGCUCCCAGUAUGUACGCUCAGCCAGCAUAUGGUGGACCGCUAAUGAAUCAGCCUGGGAUGCCACUGCUUCCUAUACCCAACGGAGCCGGCGCACCACAACCCCACAAUGGCUACGGCCGUGAAUAUGACGGUGCCAGCUCAGUGGGACAGGGCUCCCAGGUGCCUCUGCUGCACGACCAAGACGGUGGAGGGGACCACACAGCUCGCAGUGGAUAUCGUAUCCAAGUGGACCCUGAAGGGAAUGCCACACGUGCCAUUUAUUACAUGGAGAGAGAACUGGCCAACCUGGACCCGUCCAGACCGGCCAACUACAACCGCUUGGAUAAUAUGAGUGAAGUCUCUUCCCUGCACGAUAAUUUGGACCCUCGGGGCCGCGGGGGUCGUUCACAGCCACCACCUCUGGCAACAGUCUAUGACCGGGAUGAAGCCAUGAGCACCAUCAGCAGUGUUUCCCAGCAUGUCCAACGCCGGGGUGGGCACAUGGGGGAUCGCGUACGUGCCCGCUCCAUGGACAACCUUGAUGACAUUGGACGCCACUAUAGCCGAGACGACUAUGCACCACGACACCGUGAUGAGCCCAGAGGCCGGAGAGGCUCGGAUGAUGAGUGGAGCAGCAGUGCCCGCAGUGGCUACGACCGUGCCUCUGAUGACCGCAGGCGUCGUGACUACUCCCCUGAUGACCGUCGGAGUAACGGAGGAAGAGGUGGUUACGGUGGCCUCCCCGGGAGACGUUGCCACAGCCGUGAUGACUUAAUGGAUCUGGAUAGGGAAAGGGAUCGUCGGCCUGGUGGAGGUGAGAGGGGUGGACGGGGUGACUAUGACGACAGCUUUCUGAGAGAGGCCAUGGAGAGGAAGAAGAUGGGUGAGCAGCAGAGGGCCCGCAGCCGGGACCGACUGGACACCGAGAGCGACCGCUCAGAUAGGGGGAGGACUCCACGUGGACCGCCCCCACUCCCUGUAAGCCCGCCUGCUGGAUACGCUGGUCGCCGUGACGACUACCCUCCACCUCCCCCUCCACCAUACAGUGACGAGGAAAGUGUGUCAUCUUCAAAGAGAAGCAACCUCCGCAAGAAUGGAGCAGUGAGUCGAGAGAGCCUGGUGGUGUAAAACUAACCGUGAUGGGAGCAACCUAUCCAAUAAUGCAGCUUCAAUUCAUCAGUUUAACCAGAUUCAUGUUUAAGACUGUAAAUAUUUCACACUGCUAAUUUGCUGUGCUGAUUUUUAUAUUGCAUAAUUUACGAUAAGCUUAUA